UGUCCUUGCUGUAGGAAGACUCUCAGAUUCUACCCAAGGAUCGUUCAUGAGAAUGAACCACUUCAGAGAGGCCUACAAAACAGAUUAGAGGGAAGACAGAGGGGCCCAAGGGAGAUGGUCUCUCUUCUCAAGUAGGAACACGCCAGCCUCAGACAGACACAGCGGGAAGGGGCCUGAGAGGCUGGCAGAGGCAGGAUGGGUGCAAAGCAGGGGUGGAAGGGAGGGACCAACCCGGGCUGCACCAGUGGGAGUGGCUCCACCCUUCCCACUUCAGAGCCAUGGGGAGCCAGGGCUCUGGCGGGAUGCCCUUGGUGCAGGUUCCCUACACAGUCCUGCUGCUGCCGCUGGGAACAAGCCGCCAAGACCCGGGGGCCCGGAGCUUCUUCCUUUGGCUGCGGAGGAUGCAGGCUCUGGAGAGAGAACAGGAUGCCCUGUGGCAGGGGCUGGAGCUGCUACAGCAUGGCCAGGCCUGGUUUGAAGACCGUCUGAAGGAGGCACAGCAACAGCAGCUACAUCUAGGGGCCCUUGGUGAGAAUUUUCUAACAGAUUUACACUCAGAGCCUGGUGGCCCCCCGUUAGCCCAGAUUCAAAAGGUGAACAUCUGUUUGCAGAAUCUGAUUCAUGAGAAGGUGAGUUUAUUGUUUCAGUUUAGACUUUUGGGAAGCUGGACUAGUGAGGGGAGUUGUUGGGGUCAGUGCUGGCUUAACAGAAAACACAGUGAAUUUCCCCUCCAGUUCUCCCCCAGUCCACUGAACAAGGCUAGUUCCUGCACCACCCAGGAUUCAAAGGAAAGACGAAGGAAGCAGAACUUGUGGCGGCAACAGGUAAACUUCAAGAGAGAGGGCAGGAGCCCCACCCUACAGGGCUGGGAGGAGCCCAGAGGCCCCAUCUGUUUCUCCUCUCCUCCAGGAGUUGUCAAGGCAGCAGAAAGGAGUCACCCAGCCAAAGGAGGAGAUGGCUCAACGGGGCUGCACCAACGGGCCAAGAGGCCCUACCCGUGUCUAAACCCUCCUCUCACUCCCCUAAGCCUGGUGAAACAGUCAGAAGCCCCAGGCUCCUUUUUCUGUUUCUUAACAGCUAAAAAAUGGCUCCAGGUAGUGAGUCAAUGAAGUUCAGACAUCUUGGUGUAAUGUUUCUCCUCUGCUCCUGAAAACUUCACCUUCUUGGUGUCUCACGUCCUCAUUCUCCCCUAUAUGACGUGCAAAAAUGAUCUUUCUUUGAAAUCCCUCUGGGGAGAAGACAUGUUUAUUGAAACUGUCCUUCAGCCUUAAAUACAAAAAUAAAACCAAAGCUGCUCCAGAAAGCAACUUUCUCCAAAAA